AUGUCUACUACCGCUCGGCGCCGAUUGAUGCGUGAUUUCAAGCGCAUGCAAACAGAUCCUCCAGCUGGUGUCUCUGCCUCCCCAAUUGCAGACAACGUUAUGACAUGGAAUGCUGUGAUAAUUGGCCCCGCAGACACACCAUUUGAAGAUGGCACAUUCCGUCUUGUCAUGCAGUUUGAAGAGCAAUAUCCAAACAAACCACCCGGAGUCAAGUUCGUUAGCACGAUGUUUCAUCCAAAUGUUUACGGUACUGGAGAGCUAUGCUUGGAUAUCCUACAAAACCGAUGGAGUCCUACCUAUGAUGUCGCUGCCAUCCUCACCAGCAUCCAAAGCCUACUAAACGAUCCAAAUACUUCCUCACCUGCCAAUGUAGAGGCCUCUAAUCUGUACAAAGACAAUAGCCGAGAAUACAAGAAAAGGGUGCGGGAGACAGUUGAGAAAAGCUGGGAAGAUUGA